CUCAACAACAACAUUCCUGGUUAUCUGUCAAUUUUCUCCUAUAGCAGCGUGAACAACAGGAGUACAAACGGGAGAGUAAACAACAAGAGGGUGAACAAUAAUAGUACAAACCAAAGCGUGAACAACAAAGAGUACAAACAGGAGAGUGAACUGGAGUACAGGAUGCCUGUCUAUAUGACUAUCUCAAAUACAAUGACACUGAUGGAAGACCAUCACUUGACGGCCGAGCUGUCGAGGUGCAUCAGCAGCAACAGUUUGACUGAUCAAGUUGAGUCUACCACAACUCUAAGACUUCUAGUGUCUGGUAUGAGCUCCGGCUCCACCGUCCAGAAGAUCAUAGAGUCUGGAGUAAUAUACACACUUAUCAACUUCCUACAAUCUGACGACUCUCAGUUACAGAAUGAGGCAUUAUUUGCGUUGUGCAAUAUAGCAGCGAUUAUGGGUGCACACACCAAGACUGUAGUGAGUGCCGGUGGUGUGGGCAGCUUGGUGGCCCUCAUUAGGCACUCUGCCCACCAGGAGCUGUGGUACACAGCAGCUUGGGCACUGAGCAACAUUGUUACUGACUCCUGUGCCGGGCGCGACCUCAUCCUCUCUUACGAUGCUCUUACACCUCUCAUACGAGACGACGAAGAUAAUGCACAAAACUCAUCCAUGUUUCUUCCGACAGAUUCAUUAAAGUGUGUGAAGUCUGAGCCAUCCUUCCCAUCCGGGUCGUCCGUCAUGUGGUCUUCGUCAUAUUCCACCAGCGACCUCGAAUUCAUUGACAGAUCCGAUUUUUCAAUUUCCAUAGAGGUUUCCGCAGAUCAAAACCCACCCUAG